AUGAAACAAGCUCAUGAAGGAGUUUGUGGAGCACAUCAAUCUGGAGUGAAAAUGAGAUGGCUAAUUCGAAGGCAUGGUUACUUCUGGCCAUCUAUCCUUAAAGAUUGCAUGACUUUUGCAAAGGGAUGUCAAUCGUGCCAAAGGUAUGGAAACAUACAAAAACUUCCAGCUGCUGAGUUGAAAUCUGUCAUCAAACCAUGGCCAUUCAGAGAGGAAAUCAUCCAUCAAUUUGGAAUUAUACAAUUAGUAACUACUGACCAAGGCACAAUGUUCACUGGUAAGGAGAUGCAAGAAUUUGCCACUGAUUAUGGAAUAAAAUUAUUGACCUCUACACCUUAUUAUGCUCAGGCCAAUGGCCAAGCUGAAUCUUCUAAUAAAAUUAUCAUCAACAUAGUUAAAAAGAUGUUGGAAGAAAACCCAAGGGAUUGGCAUCGAAUUUUAUCAGAAGCACUCUGGGCAUAUCGCACCUCUAGGCAAAAUGCUACUGGAGUAAGUCCAUUUAUGCUAACCUAUGGUCAUGAUGUAGUGUUACCUAUGGAGGUGUUGGUGAGGUCGUUGAGAAUAGCUAAGCAUAAUCAUUUGACUCCAGAAGAUUACAAUGAAACCAUAAUGAUGGAGUUAGAAAACUUAGAAGAAGGGAGACUUCAGGCUCUAAACAAUAUGAUUAUACAAAAGAAGAAAGUCUCCAGAAGCUACAACAAAAAAGUUCGACCUAAGACAUUUCAAGAAGAUGAGCUAGUAUGGAAGUUGAUCUUACCCCCUGAUACUAAAGACAGAGAAUAUGGGAAAUGGUCUACUAACUGGGAAGGGCCAUUCUUAAUCCAUAAGGUGAUGAAGGGGAAUGCGUACUGGCUAUCAAGACUAGAGGAUGAGCCUCAUAAAAAAAUUAUUAAUGGAAAGUACUUGAAGAAAUACACUCCCAUCAUCUAG